ACCUUAAACUUUGCAAUAUCCGUAAACUUAUCGGAACUUCCGGAAAUUCGCCGAAGCCGCGCGCCAUGAAAUCGAUUAUGAAAAACUGGCGGGAAAAUCCACGUGAUAUUUGACACUCUAUAACAAACAUGGCGACCCUCUUUUCGUACUUCACCAAAACACCUAAAAAACCGUCUCCAGCUGAAGGAGACAAAGCAGAAGGCGUAAAAGAAAAUAAAAAGCCUAAGACUACAGCAAAAGGAAUUUCUCCCCCGAAGAAGAACGGUGCAAAAAGCGGAAUUGCAGCGCCAUGUGGRGUUUCAAAUGGUCGAGUAGUCAAGGCCGAGUUGAAACAGUUUGAUGUAGUUUGGGCUAAAAUGGAUGGCCAUCCUUCGUGGCCUAGUAUUAUAUGCGAUCAUCCGACUAAGUUGAAGUUCAUAGAAGAUAACCAGUGCCAUGUGCAGUUCUUUGGAGAUCCACCAAGUAGGGGAUGGGUCAAUGUCAAACAGAUYCAACCAUUCAUARAAGGRGAGAAAAAAUUACCAAAUGACACAUCUAUCAGAGAAGCAGUCAAAGAAGCAGAGAGUGCAUUGCAACUAAGCGUCAAAGAAAGAGCAAGCCUUAUUAAGUGCGUACCAUCAGAUGACGAGGAUGUUGAUGAAGACAUCAGUGAUGACGUAUUGAUGGAGUGUGAUUUGGACUCUCUGGAAACUGGGAAUGAUACAAAGAAAGAGAAUGAAUCUGAUGAUAAUGAUGAAGUUACAGGAAAAAAGUAUAAUAGUCGACAGCCAAAGAGAAAAGCCAAAUUAAAGGGAAAAAAGAAAAGGAAGAGAAUAAUGAUUGAGUCAGGAUCAGAAGAUGACGGAAGUGAAGAUGAUUUUAAGCCUGAUGAGGAGUCAAGCGAUGAUGAUAGUGUUAGUAGCGGCGUUGAAGAAUGCGAUGAUGAUGAACCAAUGUCAGAAGAAGAUGAAGAACAGAGUGGCUCACGAAAAAGAAAAAGAGGCUCAAGAUCAUCUCGUCCCAAAAGUAAAAAGCUGGCAAUAACUCCUCAGAACACUCCCAAAAAUGCCCUCAAAUCUACCCCAGUUUCCACACCUAACACAGCGACGCCUGAACUAGCUGCCAAGAUUUCUAAAUCAGCAAACAAGGCUGCUUCUGUUUUGUCAAAGUUUCAAAUGUCUUCAUCMCCSUCGCCUUCACAAGAUAAAGCAGAGGAAARUACAGCGGGAUAUGUGCAUGAGAAACUGGAAUGGUUAAAAGAGGGGAAACGAAAAGAUAAACAUGGCAGACCAAUGUCGCAUCCUGAGUAUGACCCAAAGACCUUACUAGUACCGUCAUCAUACUUGACAUCAAAAGAAGUCACACCGGCCAUGAGACAGUGGUGGGUUCUUAAAAGCGAAAACUUUGACACAGUUCUAUUCUUCAAGGUUGGGAAGUUCUAUGAGCUCUACCAUACCGAUGCUGCUAUAGGUGUCAAGGAACUGAACUUAAUCUUUAUGAAGGGYAGCUUUGCWCAUGCRGGUUUUCCAGAAAUAGCAUAUGACAGAUACUCUUCUACUCUUAUUCAGAAAGGAUACAAAGUUGCAAGAGUUGAACAAACAGAAACACCUGAUAUGAUGAAAGAAAGAUGUAGAAAAGAGAGAACAAAUUCAAAAUAUGAUCAAGUAGUAAAAAGAGAAAUUUGUGCCAUCACAACAAAAGGAACUAGAAUGUACAGUUUUAGGGAUGGUGACUGUACAGACUCAGAGGCAGCGUAUCUCCUUGCCAUUGCAGAAAAGGGUUACAAUGAUACAGCUGGUGGAGGCAGUGUUUAUGGUGUCUGCUUUCUUGAUACGUCCAUUGGGAAAUUCCAUCUUGGUCAAUUUGAAGAUGAUCGACAAGCUUCAAGACUAAGGACACUUAUUGCUCAUCAUUCUCCCGUCCAGGUUUUGUGCCCUCGUGGUUGUCUGACAAGUAAAACACAGCAUGUAUUGUCACAUGAAUUGAUGUCGGCRUUGACUGAACAUCUAAGCCCAGGUAAUGAAUUCUGGGAUGCCUCAAAGACGCUGAAAUUUCUAGCUGAAGGAAAGUUCUUUCAGCAAGAUAAAGAGAAGGAAGGACCUGUGCUUUGGCCGGAUUUACUGAAAGAGAUGACUGGUGGAGAUCCUCUUUGCCUCAUGGCGUCAGAUGGCUACGAGCUGGCCAUCAGUGCCUUGGGUGCUAUUGUGUGGUACUUAAAGAAAUGUUUGAUAGAAGAUGAACUACUUUCACUCGGAAAGUUUGAGAAAUACUUGCCUAUUGAUUGCAUACAGACAGAUAAAGGCGGAUCUAAAUUUGCCCAAGGACGUCAACGCAUGAAUCCAAGUGCCAUUAAUGACAGGUUGAACGCAAUUCAGGAUCUUAUGGCUGUACCUGGAACUGUCGCAGAUAUAAAAGAUGUUUUGAAGACUCUACCUGACUUAGAAAGACUGCUUAGAAAAAUUCAUAGCAUGGGAUCCCAUAAGAGGGCCAUUGAUCAUCCUGAUGGUAGAGCUAUACUGUACAACGAAGAUACCUACAGCAAACGCAAGAUAACAGACUUUCUUAGUGCGCUGGAGGGUUUCUCAAAUGCAUGUUCUAUCAUCAAACUCUGCAAAGAUCAUACUGAUAAUUUUAAUUCAAAACUACUUAAACAAGUUACUACCUAUGAAGGCACAGCUAAUAAUGGCGGAGGAAGAUUUCCAGAGCUCAGUGAGACACUUGACUUCUUCAAGGGUGCUUUUGACCAUGGAAAAGCCAAGAAAGAUGGUGUCAUUGUUCCCAAACCAGAUGUGAAUGUGCCKUAUGAUGAAGCAUUAGAUGAUAUAAAAACCUGUAAAAACUGGUUUGACAACUAUCUUGACAARCAACGGAAGAGAUUAAACUGUAGGACAAUUGGAUACUGGGGAACAGCUAAGAACCGCUAUCAACUAGAAGUUCCAGACUCUGCAUCCAAACAUACACCAGACGAGUACUCUCUUCAGUCKCAAAAGAAAGGUUAUAGACGGUACUGGACACCAGACAUAGAAGACCAGCUAGCAACSCUUGUCGAUGCUGAGGACCGUCGAGACGUAGCUCUCAAAGACACAAUGAGAACAAUAUUCCAGAAGUUUGAUACUCACUAUGACAUGUGGGACAAGGCAGUUCAGUGUCUUGCUGUUCUGGAUGCACUUAUUUCCUUGACAACGUACAGUUGUCAGGGAGACGGGCCAAUGUGCAGACCUGAAAUUGUUCUACCGCAAACUUCGUCUGACGGCAGUAUUCAGCCAUUCCUUGAGAUUCGAGAAGGACGGCAUCCUUGCAUAUCWCGCACGUUCAGUGGAGGUGACUUCAUACCGAACGAUACUGUGGUUGGGAUACCAGACGAGAGUGAAGGCGAUUCAAAUAACGAAACACAGAAUGCACAAAGCCUUUGUGUUCUGGUAACAGGACCAAAUAUGGGCGGUAAAUCAACACUGAUGAGACAAGCUGGCUUGAUAACAAUCAUGGCACAACUGGGAUGCUUCGUUCCUGCAGAAAAGUGUCGUUUAACGCCAGUAGACAGGGUSUUCACUAGACUUGGUGCGCAUGACAGAAUCAUGGCAGGAGAGAGUACUUUCUUUGUUGAACUGAGUGAGACGUCGACGAUAUUACGYCAUUCAACCGCCAAUUCACUUGUUUUGCUGGACGAACUUGGUCGUGGUACAGCAACGUUUGAUGGUACUGCCAUAGCCUGCGCAGUUGUCCGCGAGCUCUCGAGMAAUAUCCGGUGCCGGACACUUUUUUCUACUCAUUACCACUCCCUGGUGGAAGAUUUUGCCAAUGAUCCUAAUGUUCGUCUUGGACACAUGGCGUGUAUGGUUGAGAACGAUGACGAAGARGGUGAUCCAAGCAAGGAAACCAUCACCUUCCUGUACAAGUUCGUGAAAGGCGACUGUCCCAAGAGUUAUGGMUUUAAUGCGGCACGACUCGCAGGCAUUCCAGACGAGAUUAUCUCCGUUGCUGUUCACAAAGCGCGAGAAUUUGAAGAAACACUCGAUGAAGUCAAGCUUUUCAAGUUGAUCACGAAGAAUAAGUCAAGACAGAAUGYUAUACGACUGAUUAAACAGAGAUUGGUACACUGAAAAGCUAUUGAGCUAGAAGAAGUUCAUGAACAMAUAGUUUAGAUGUAGUACAUGGACCAAUGUCGCUCUCUAGUGACUUUUUUACCCAUUUUUUCUAUCUGUUUGUGCACUCUUCCAGUUGAAGAACCAGUGAAGAAUACCGAUGCAAAAAGCAAAAGUAAGAGUAUAUAAAAUGGUCGUGUGUAAAAAAGAUAUAAAAACAUUCUUAGGAAUAAUUUUGAAACAUAAAAGUUAAGUAAAGAUAUCGUACUGAUUGAUAGAAUUCAUAAUGCCCGUUUUUAACUCCGAAUCUCACAUGUAUUGAAGUCGGUACAGAUGAAAUGCAAUGAGCAGAUUGGAGUAAUUUGCAUUGAUCUCGAAACAAGUAAAAUUCGACGUUAAACAAAAACGGGCCUAUAAGUGUGUGAAUAGUCACAAUGAAUCGGGGAUGUUAUAAUUGGUUUGUAAUAAAAUAUUUAAAACCAA